AUGACUGCUACAAAUUAUUUAAAUCAUUUUAAGAUCGCGUCCCGAAAUAUUGGGAGUCGAUUAAGUUCCAAGACUGUUGCACCAAUCAGAGACAUUAUCUUAGAAUUAACUACUUCAAACCCAGAAGUCGACAUCUGGAUGAUUCAAGAAAUUAGACUUUAUAACCAACUUCAACUACAACAACUUAAAAAUACAUUAAAGAGUAAGAAUAUUAUGGUGAUUAUGCACCAUUAUUCCGAUCUUACGGCGUUUAUUGUGUUUUCACCUUAUCAAGAAUUGAAAUUUGAUUUAUUGGAAUUAACUAAUGAGGAAAUUAUUAAUGUUGCUCAUCGAGUAUCCAGUUUAAGUAUACGGCUUUUUAGCGGUGAACUGGUAUUACUUUUAAACUUUUAUCUUCCAUCGGGAAAUUACAAUGCUCAGAAAACUAUUAUGGAGUCAGUAUCUGCUCAAUUACUGAAUUUACAAAAGAAAAAUGAACGAUACCUUAUUUUAGGUGGGGACUAUAAUCAUGUUUUAGAUCCUCAGAAGGACGUGUUGGUACCUAAGGAUCGUGUCCUUGCUCCAAUUUAUCGUCCAGAAAAGGAUAUAAUUGAAUUUAUGACCCAAUUUAUAGAGAAAUUUCAGCUUCAAGAUGGAUUUCGUUUAAAAAAUCCCACGAGAGUGGAACCCACUAAUCAACAAGGUCCUGAUAUGAUACAACGAAGGCUUGACCGAUUCUAUUUUUCACUCAAUUUGAAUUCCAAAUUUCACGGUUACUCUCUAUUGCAAGAAAAUCGAUGUAUUUCAACCCAUGUUACCAUUAGUAUGCUUUUCCGGAUUAAUAAAAAGUCGCCUUUAACAGUGGGCCCUUCCAGGUUCUGUCUUCUGCGAACCUUACUUGGUGACAGCGAUUUCAUGCAAUAUUUAAAUCGACCAAUUUCUAGCUCUAAUCGAUCUGGAUUUCAGUUAUGGGAUUUUCAGAUGAAUUAUAUACGCCAGCAAGUGGGAAUUUUUAAACGUGCAUUACGCACAAUUAGAAAUCACAGCCAAAAUGAAAUAGCACCGUCGGUGUCAGUUGGUGCGGAAGAUCAUGAUUGGACUUUGGAAAAGAAAUUAAAAUUCCGUUUACGAGGUCCUGAUUUGCAAGAGUACAUUAUUAAUAUGGUUAGUGCACUGGGUCAACAAUUAACUACAACAGAGGAUAUGCUACAGGAAGCCACAUGUUUUUAUAAACAAUUGUUUUCUCUGAUGCCGUCCCAUAGGAUUCAAUAUGAUUUUAUUUCCCUGUUCGAACCCACUUUGAAUUUGCUUGAACAAAAUAAACUUGAAGCUCCUUUUACUGAGAAUGAACUUUAUCAACAACUUCAACAAAUUAAAAAAUAUACUGCUACUGGGUUAGAUGGUAUCUCAUAUUACGGGUUAGUCCUGCUUUGGGAAACAUUGGGACCCUCCUUAACUAUGGCUGCGAACUACAUAUUGGAAACAGGAACAUUGCCAUUGUCGAUGCAGAAAGUGAUAAUUCGUUUGAUUAAAAAAUCACCUAAAAGUGCAGGCACCAUUGGAGAUUUCCGGCCGAUAAGUGUGACUACUUGUGCACUUCGUCUUCUCUCCUCGUGUUUUGAAACCCGUUUAAAAUCACUGGCCACCACAUUAAUUGAUGCUGCUCAAACAGGUUUUAUUCAAGGCCGAUCCAUAGACAACACUAUAAAUAUGGUUGGGAUGGUUAUGACGGAGUUAACUAAACCUUCUACAGAUAUAGAUGAUUAUGCUUGUUUUGUGGCAUUAGAUUUUCAUAAAGCUUUUGACUCAGUUAGUCAUGACUACUUGAAUGAGUUGUUGGCUCAUAUCAAUUGUGGUCAUAGAGCUCGGAAUUUUCUUAUGGCAAUUACUACUCAACAAACUGCGCAGGUUACAAUUAAUAAUUGUUUGGGGGAAGAAUUCGUGUUAAAUAGUGGUACACGUCAGGGUAACCCUGUCUCUCCAUUCUUGUUUAUUCUCAGCCUAGAAACAUUAUUAUCCAAAAUUAAUCAAAACCUUGAAGGUGCCUCUUUUUUGGGGCACCGGUUUAGACUUGCUUAUGCCGCUUAUGCGGAUGAUGUGAUAAUAUUUUGUAAAAAUCAGCAGGAUCAACAGAGGUUAUUACAGCUUUUGGAAACUUUUGGUCAGGACUCCGGUCUUGUGAUUAAUAAACAUAAAUCCAAAAUAUUUUAUUAUCGGACACCACCUUUGGAAAAGAUUCUUCCUUUUCCUGCACAAUGUCUAGAUCUAGAAUCCUUUUCAUACUUGGGCAUACCCAUGAAAGAAGCUGAUGAAAAUUAUGAUCCUUGGAAGAAAAAGUUAAGGGAUCUUCUUGCUCAAAUUUAUUUAGCUCCUACCCUGGAUUUAUCUAUCAUGGUGACUAUUAAACUUAUGAAUGUCUUCAUUUUUUCUCAAUUGUAUUAUAUGGAUCUUCACUCCCCUAUUUCUGCAGCUGCAAUCAAAGAGAUUUACAAGAAAAUUCAGGGUUGUCUUCCUUUCAGAAUUGCGAUAGACCGGUUGUUAACGCCUAAACACCUUGGGGGUUUUGGUUUGAUUAACAUUGCAAGUCAAGUCAAAGGUAAGAGGGGCAAACAAAUAUAUCAUUUGUUUACUCACAGCCAUGAUCCUCUUGUUCGUGCCUUCAAAUUUAAGUUACAGUUGACUAUAAAUGAGGUUCUUCAACCCUUCAUAAAACAAGAUUCACUGCUUGAGGGUACUUCAAUUUUUCCCUGGUUUAGAUUUCUUUGCGAUAUAAAGCCGCUCUGUCCUCUUGGUAAGAAGCAAUUUCAACAAAGGGUUUUCUCCAAACUUUCAAAGUCAGCAUUGAGCUGGUUAAAGGCUUGGUUUGAUAUCACUUCAUAUCAUGGCCCAUAUAUCUAUGAAACGAUCCUGCAUAUGUCGGGUCAAGAAUAUGAGAGUCUUUUUGAGGAAGACUUUACUUAUAUUCUUCAACAUGUGGAGGGAGUUGAUGGAAAAGCACUAACUGAAGGUUCCUUUCAUCACUUGUCACAGAAAUUGUCCCUGAAAUUACCAAUUAUUCCAAAAGGCUGGUCAUCAAAUACCGAACUACAGUUUAUAACUUCACUCCAAUGGAAACGCUUUUGGCUGAGACUUUCAGACCUUCAGACUGAAAAUCUUGGUUCUUUGCAAACGUACCAUCUUUUCGUUUUGGGAUAUUAUUCCCAUUACCCGUUUUAUAAACCGGUUAGUUCCACUUCCCUGAAUAGACUGUCAGCGACUUUCUUUUUGGGAAAUAUUGCCCGAGAAGCCUUAUCACAAGUAGAGAAUAAUCAAGAGGCCCUGCAAAAUUCUGAAGAUGUAGUGACUAAUCAAAGCACUCAUAUUCCUUCAUGUCGAUUUUGUCAGAUGGAUGCAAGCGAUCACAUUGGGCAUCAUGCUUUUGAAUGUCAGGAUACUUUGAGUUUAUGGCCCUUUGGACAGUUUCCACAGAGACUGUACUCAUUUGUUAUAGGUAAUUCCCAAAAUACAGAUGAACAAUACUUCCUUAUUAAUAAGUACCUUGGUGUUUUACUUAAUCAAGUAAAACGACGGCAGCGGUAA